ACUUGCCAUAGUAUGGCUACUUCUCGAUCUACUCGUGUUACAAGAUCUACAGUGGGUUUAAAUGGUUUAGAUGAAAACUUUUGUGGUAGAACUUUAAGAAACCGUAGUAUUGCUCAUCCAGAAGAGGUUUCACCCCAUCCUCAGAUACGAUCAAGGUCACCAAAGAAGAGGCCAGAGUCUGUGCAAACUCAGAAGGGAAGUAACGGUGGAAGAACUACUGAUUUGAAACAGCAGAGUGCCCGGGAAUCAUGGGUGAGCCCUAGAAAGAGAGGGCUGUCUACUUCAGAAAAAGAUAAUGUUGAUAAACAAACUGUGGAAAAUUGUGAAAAAAAACAAGCAGAAUCUGUUUCACCAGUUUUGAAAAGAAUUAAGCGCUGUCUGCGUUCAGAGGCACCCAACAGUUCAGAAGAAGACUUGCCUACUAAAACAGAGAAGGAACCAUUGGAGCAUAAAAGCUUAGUGUCGGACAAUGAUGCAAUCUCCACAGGGACUAAGCGAGCUUGUCGAUGUCUUAUAUUGGAUGAUUGUGACAAAAGGGAGGUUAAAAAGGUGAAUGUCUGUGCAGAAGGAUUUAAUAAUUCUGCAAUAGUCGACGAGGUCGCAGACUAUCAGACUGUCAAUGGAGUUGCUGAGAGAGACGCAAAUUCUCUUAACUGUGAUGACUGUCAGCUUGAUGGGAACACUAAGCAAAACAGUGCUGGUUCCUGUAUGCCCAAGGACAAAACAGUAGCAGAAAAUGGAAACUCAUUUGCCCAUUCUUCAUUGUUGCUUAGUAGCAGCAAGGAGGACAGUGUUGUAGACCAUUAUGUGCCUUGCACAAACUCACAAGAACAGGUAAAGUUAGAGGACCACAAAAUAAUAAAUGACUGCUUGCCUGAGGAGCAUGCUAAUCAGACACAUGAGCCAGCUACAGGGUCCUUUUCUGAGAUCCAGACAUCUUUGUUAAGGGAUUCGGAGGAGGAAGUAGAUGUUGUAGGAGAUAGUAGUGCCUCUAAGGAACAGUGUGCUGAAAAUACCAAUAGCAACCCGAAUACUCAUGACAGUACAUCAAUCUCAGGUGAACCUGAACCACAUUCUUCAGUGCUUGACUGUGUUUCGGCUCAAAUGACAUCUAUGUCGGAACUUCAAGAACACAGAUAUACUUUGAGAACUUCACCCCGAAGGGCUGCCCCUGCCAGAAGUAGCCCUACUAAAAACAACUCUCCUUGUAGAGAAAACGGACAGGUUGAGGAAAAUAAUCUUAGUCCCACUGAAAAGAAUGUACCUGUAGGUAUUAAUAGUAUCAAUGGAUCUCCCAAAAAUUCUGAAGAAAUUAAACAGAAUGAAAAAGAGAGAAACUGUAAUACGGGAGAUCAUGGGAGUGAUGGACUAAGAAAGCCACUUUCUGAGGCUAGGCUUGUUGCUGGAUAUGUACCAUCUGCCAAAGAGAGUGCCAACAUCCACACUGCAGAGGAUGAUGAGGAAGAGCCUGAUGUGUAUUACUUUGAAUCAGAUCAUGUGGCAUUGAAACACAACAAAGAUUAUCAGAGACUGUUACAGACGAUUGCUGUACUUGAGGCUCAACGUACUCAAGCAGUUCAAGACCUUGAAAGUUUAGGCAGACACCAGAGAGAAGCACUGAAAGAUCCUAUUGGAUUUGUGGAAAGACUCCAGAAGAAGGUUGAUAUGGGUCUUCCCUAUCCUCAGAGGGUUGUUCAGCUCCCUGAGAUUGCCUGGGACCAAUACACCACUAGUCUUGGAAACUUUGAGAGAGAAUUCAAAAACCGAAAACGUAACAGUAGGAGAGUAAAGCUGAUUUUUGACAAAGUAGGUAUACCUGCAAGACCAAAAAGUCCUUUGGAUCCCAAGAAGGAUGGAGAGUCUAUUUCAUACUCUGUCUUGCCUUUAAGUGAUGGUCCAGAAGGUUCUACAAACAGUCGUCCACAGAUGAUAAGAGGGCGACUUUGUGAUGAGACCAAACCUGAAACUUUUAACCAGCUGUGGACUGUAGAGGAACAGAAAAAACUUGAGCAAUUGCUUUUGAAGUACCCACCAGAGGAAGUAGAGUCCCGACGGUGGCAGAAGAUAGCUGAUGAACUAGGAAACAGAACAGCAAAGCAGGUUGCCAGCAGAGUGCAAAAAUAUUUUAUUAAGUUAACUAAAGCUGGUAUUCCAGUUCCAGGAAGAACUCCAAACUUAUAUUUAUAUUCCAAAAAGUCAUCAAGUAGACGGCAGCAUCCUUUAAAUAAACAUCUUUUCAAACCUUCAACUUUCAUGACAUCUCAUGAACCUCCAGUUUAUAUGGAUGAAGAUGAUGACAGAUCCAGUUUUCACAGCCAUAUGGAUACUGCAGCAGAAGAGGAAGUAUCGGAUGAAGAAAGUAUUCCAAUAACAUAUCGAGAGUUACCUGAAUACAAAGAACUGUUAGAGUUUAAAAAAUUGAAGAAACAAAAACUCCAGCAGAUGCAUGCAGAAAGUGGGUUUGUGCAGCAUGUGGGAUUCAAGUGUGAUAACUGCGGAACAGAACCUAUCCAGGGUGUUCGGUGGCACUGCCAAGACUGCCCUCAAGGAAUGUCCUUGGAUUUCUGUGACUCUUGUUCUGACUGUCUGCAUGAAACAGAGAUUCAUAAGGAAGAUCAUCAGUUAGAACCUAUUUACAGAGCAGAGACAUUUUUAGACAGAGACUACUGCAUGUCCCAGGGCACCAGUUACAAUUAUCUUGACCCAAACUACUUUCCAGCAAAUAGAUGACAUGGGAAGCAGAUCUACCAUCUUG